AAGGAGGAGUGCACUGCCGACACAAUCUUCCAUGUGAAGCCAGUUUAGCGGGUGUGUGUGUGUGUGAGAGAGAGAGAGAGACUUGUGGGAAUAAAUAAAGAAGCAAUCUUCGAUUACUUUUUUUCUUGUGACAAAAAGUGUGCAGAAACGUGCUGUGGCAGAGAGAAGAAAGAAGGGUAAACUCCAUGAGACAAGCUAAUGCCUCUAUGUGCAGUGUAUCUUCUUCGUGCCUCCCGCUCAGAUUGGAGAUGGGUACAUUGGCAUUUCAUGCUCAGAAUGUAGACUCGGAUAUUUACCUUUCAUUGGGGCUUACAGAAUUGAGAAAAGGCUUUCUGGGAAGUCCACGGGUUUUAUCACUUCUCUCCUCACUGCUUGAGAGAUCUGUUCAAAAAAAUGAGUUGCUACUGGAGAUGUCACAAAUUAAAGAUGUUGUUACAAUAUUCCAUGGUCUGAGAGCACCCACUCUGAGCAUCCGGCACUAUAUUGAUCGAAUCUUCAAGUACUCUGCCUGCAGCCCUUCCUGCUUUGUUGUUGCGCAUAUCUAUAUCGAUAGAUUCCUCCAGUGUACAGAGGUUCAUUUAACGUCCCUAAAUGUUCACCGGCUUCUGAUAAUAAGUAUUAUGCUCGCAGCGAAGUUUAUUGAUGAUGCAUUCUUCAACAAUGCCUAUUAUGCCAGUGGAGGAGUAAGCACUACAGAGUUGAACAGGUUGGAGAUGAAGUUUUUGUUCAGUAUAGAUUUUAGACUCCAAGUGACAUCGGAGACUUUUGGAAGAUAUUGUGCGCUAUUGGAAAGGGAAACUGCAGAAGGGCUCCAAAUUGAACGGCCUUUUCAAGCCUGUAGAAUUAAAGAGAGUUGGUCAAACAAAGAUGAUUCAAAUUGUGCUCCCACAGUUGCACGGUGAAAAUAUGGAAUUAUGCACCAUGUCUGAGUAUAAACCAAAUUUCAGAAACACAAUCAAAUUAGAAAGCAUGCUUGUUGAACAUGACCAAUCGUGUUAGGGACACCAUGUUUGUUUGAUUACUGUCUUUCAAAUGUUGUAAUUGGGUACAGAUUGAAAUAGGUAUUUUCAUAGUUCUUUUCAUCCUGUGCUUUUUCUCAAAGCACCAACUUCUUGUGGUUUAUCCCUUGGGUCCGGGUCUUCAUCAAUGCAGGUGUAACCAUAGAUUUAAGCAAUUCUAUGGUUGAAAG